GUGAACAUACGUUUUAACCCAGCGGGUGCUGUAAACAGUACGUUGGCGGUUCACACCAGUUCAGAAGUAAGGUAUCUUAAAUUGCACUCGACAAUGUUGUGAAUACUUUAAAAUGCUUGAAGCCAUACUUGAUGCCUUCCAUAACGUGUAAAGUAAGAAGUUAGCCUGUGUUAAAAAGUGGUGAUCCCUGCAGAUUACCAAGGCAUCCAGUCUCCCAGCAAGUGCCAAGAGGCAUUCAUUCAAUGCUCCGCUGACACCAAUUUGCCCAAAGAAUAUUUAUGUGGGAGACUCCUCAGAUUGUGGAGACCCCAGAUUGUGGAGGCUCCUGGGCAGCUGGUCUUUUUGUGGACUCCUAAAUCUGGCACUGAACAAAAUUCUCUCUCUCUCUCUCUCUCUCUCUCUCUCUCUCUCUCUCUCUCUCUCUCUCUCUCUCUCUCUCUCUCUCUCUCUCUCUCUCUCUCUCUCUCUCUCUCUCUCUCUCUCUCUCUCUCUCUCUCUCUCUCUCUCUCUCUCUCUCUCUCUCUCUCUCUCUCUCUCUCUCUCUCUCUCUCUCUCUCUCUCUCUCUCCUCAACUCUCAGCCACUGGAUGGUAUAUCAGUUCACACAGCAAGAAGCCAAGGACCCACCGAGGCUGUCACUUGGAAGAGGUCAUUGUUGUUGCAUCCAGCAUCCCAGCCUGACUGCCUAGACAGGUCCCGCAGGUUGCUGAAUGGCAGAGGUGCAGGCUGCUCCACAGCAAAAUGUGAGACCAGUGUGGCAGAGUAUGAUGUGUACACAAUGAGGGACACACUGUAGCCAACCCAGUAGAUUACCCGUGCUGCACUGCUGAUUGGGUCCUCACCUUGUUGUAGGAGAGCUGACAACAUGUACCAGCCAGCAGCAACUCCCAUGCUAACAGGCUUCUCCCCGUGGGUAUGUAGCACCUCUGGAGUCGCUCGAUGAAGAAGAGGAUGCUGGCGAGGCCUGUCGUGUUAGCCGGGAUGCGCCGGUACAGAGCUGUGUCCGUUGGGGUUGUGUAGGCAAGCAUCUUCUUGGCAAGGUCCUCGUGGGUGGCCGCAAACAGUUUACGGCUGUGGGAUGAGAACUUGUCUUGUGAAUGUGACGUUGGGUGAUGGACAAUUCAGAGACAGUGAGGUCAGCUUCCCCUGACUGCAGAGCUCCUACCGUGCCCGUCCACUCGUUGCUUGAGCUGUCCUUCAGUUUCCCCAGCGUUCGACCGUUUCUCUAGGGGCAAGCGACACCUCCUGGUGGGGGACUUCAAAUCUGCUGUGGCUGCCUUCGAGGAGGCAACAGAGUCCCUGGUGGAGCUGUGUGGGGAGCAGGCGCCCGAGUGUGGUGACGCGUACUGCCGCUGUGGCCGUGCAUUGCUGGAGCUGGCACGCAAGGAGGCAGGGGUGCUGGGGCCAGAUCUGGAUGGUGCCAGUAGUCAGGAGGGAAGCACAGGGGAAGAGGAGGACGAGGAGGAAGAGAGUUAAGAGUCACAAGAGGAGGAGGAAGGUGGAAAGAAAGAGGAAGGAGAGGAGGAGGAGGAGGAGGAGGAAGAUGGAGAAGGAAAGGAGAAAGAUAAGAAGGAAGGAAAUGCCGCAGAAGGAGAAGAGCAAUAAGAAAUUAGAAUUGACAGAGAAACCAGACAAGGGACUGCAUUUGAAGAAGCACAAGAACCAAGAAAUUACAUCAUUCAAUGAAAUGACAACAUAAUCUAAAAUAGAAAUCAAAAACGUCACAAGACAGAAUAGUGAGCUGCAUGCACUUAUCACAGAGUAUAAAGUCACUCCCUCAGAGGAAAAAGACAAGGAUGGCAUGUCUUCAUGUGAGAACUCAGAAGCUAAAUGUACAGAUACCAAGGGGAAAUUGCUGGGUCAAGUGGCUACACUGACAUCUGAGGUUAGCAGGUUGGAGAGUGAGUGCAGCAGUCUUCAGGUUCAGCUAGACUGUGAGAGGGAUAAGUAUAACAAACUGCUGGGAGAAUCUCUUGCUCAUGAAAAGUUGUCUGAAGAUGUCAUAACUGAACCAAAAGGAGAAACAACAGGAUUGGGAGGAACUGAGCUUUAACAGAAGCUGCAACAACUGCAGGAGGCUCACAGGGUCCUGGAGAGCAGGUUAACUUGCAGCAUGAAGGAGGUGGCUGAGCUGAGUGACAGGAAGUAGCAGCUUGAGCAUGCUGUAGUGCAUGAGGAGACAGAGUCCAUCGGUGACUACAUCACCAUCUACCAGUUGCAGCGAGGAGUGAUGAAGCAACAAGCUCGAGAACGCGAGUUAGACCUUGCCAGCCUCCAUCAUGAAUGAGAGGAAAUGAAGCAAAACCACUCUGCAGGAUUUGAUAUCAAAGCUGGUGCAGGAAAAGGAAGCAGAUCAUGACCUUCAGCAGCUCGAGAAGAUAAGCAGCGUCCUUAAGAGUCCAGUUGCUAUCUUUAGCAGUGUUGGAACCAGUGAGUCUGAGACACCCACCAGCAGUGGAAAGGUGGCUGACGAGCGCCUCAAGCACUCUGAAAAGGUGGAGCAACAACAAGAAACAGAAAAUUGCAUCCAUCAUUCUUUGCCUGAGGAGGGAAUUGAUGCUCUGUUGACCCUUCACACUGAUGUCCCUCAUGAGGAGGCAGAAUAUGAAUCCUACAGAACUUGCCCAUAGAAAGACCAAAACUGUUACUGCUGCCACACUGCCACCACUUCCCACUGACACCAAAAGCCCAACUGUGCAGAGAAUCCUGGACCUCCGCAAUGAAAUGGAGUCCACCAGUCACCUGGAGCACUUUAGCCUCCAAAAGUUCCAUCCGUGUCCAUUGUGUUUGGGUAAACUUAUCACUGUAUAAGGGGACAAGUAUCAGUGUAUGGUUACUAUAUACUCAUUUGUACUUAAAGAUGUCAUGUCACAUCAUUCUCUCUCUCUCUCUCUCUCUCUCUCUCUCUCUCUCUCUCUCUCUCUCUCUCUCUCUCUCUCUCUCUCUCUCUC